CCCGCCUCCUCCCGCUGUCACACCCGUCCUGAGCCGGUGAGAAUUAGUGUGACCGGGCUGCGGCAGUCCCGCUCCACCCCGGCUCACCCGGCCCUGUCCAUCUGUAAUGAGAGGCGGACAUAUCACAGCCGAGUGGCCUCGGGAGCAGCAGCUCAGACUCAACUCUCCGUACAGGGUGAGCACACCAGUGCAGGGCCGUUGUUGGUCACCGGGGAAGUCAGACUGUGAUUUGCUGGAACAACACUGAACGCCGUCCGGUUACAGCAUCAGAGAACCCGUAAAACAGCCUCACUGGGACAGGGUGGUAACAGAACCUGGAGCCGCGGUACAAGAACAGUAAAAACUGAUCACACCUGUCCCCAAAAUGCGUCAAGGUUCGAGCAGUGGAGGAGCUCCAGUGACGUCAACAUCAGGAAAGGACACGGGUCCAAGCUCAGUGAUCACCGAGCUCCUGGCAAGUUGGGACGAUUCCCAGCUGCUGCAGUUGACGGAUAUCUACCGGGACAGGCUGGAGCAGGCGAUGGAAGGAGGGGUGCACGGAGUGAGCCUGGCGUUAACAGCCGAGAAUCAGUUCAGCGUAGAGCAAUAUCGGAAAAUCUCUGAUCUCGCUGAUAAGGGAGAGCGGGCGGACAGUUCUAAACUCCUCCUGAGCCUGGUGAUGGAGAAAGGCUCCCGCGCCCGGAGGGUGAUGUGGGAAACCUUUGUGAAAAUGCGGACUGGUGUCCCAAAGUUGGACAAAAUACUGAAAGAAAUACAGGAACAUGGUUGUGUUCUGGUCCAUCGACCCGUACCGGAGAUUCCCAGGGAGCUGAAAGAUGUUCAACAGAAACACAAGGAGACUCUGCGGGCACAAACUGAAACAUUGAGAGUGAACACGAUCCUGAUGACGGAGAAGGUGAAGGUUUUCCAGCUGGUUGAUCGAUACGCUGAGCUCACGGUCAUUUCUACUGUUCGAGAUCGGAGACUGGUGGAACAUGAGCUGCGGGCAAGAGGCAGAGACCACGAGGAGUGGAGAGAGAAACAUCUCCGCAGAGAGCUGAAAAAAAUCCGGACUGAUCAGUUGUUCCAGAGCAGCUUUUCCCGGAGUAAAUCCAAAUCUGGGAGUUCGGCAGCAGUGGCUGGAGGCCCAGGGAUCGGGAAAACAACAAUGGUACAAAAGAUUGUUUACGACUGGGCCACGGGGAAAAUAUACCAACAGUUCCAGUUUGUCUUCAGUUUCAAAUUCCGCGAUUUAAACUCCAUUAACUGCAGAAUAAACCUGAAGGAACUGAUUCUGGAUCAGUAUCCUUACUUUGGGAAUAUUCUGAAAGAGGUCUGGAAGAACCCAGAGGGAUUGCUGUUCAUAUUCGAUGGUUUGGAUGAAUUCAAACAUGGAAUUGAUUUUGCUGACAGUCAGAGAAAUACAGAACCUCAGUCAACAUGCACAGAUCCAGAUUUCAAGUGCAAGGUGUCUGACAUUGUGUACAGUUUAAUCCAGCACAAGCUGCUCCCAGGGUGUUCAGUGCUGGUCACCACCCGCCCCACUGCGUUACAUUUAUUGGAAAAGGCUGAGAUCAGUACCAAAGCUGAAAUCCUGGGAUUUUCUGGUGAGGAACGGAAUGAAUAUUUCAUCAGACAUUUUGAAGAUCAGACGGUGGCGGAAGCUGUUUUCAAACACGUGAAGGAGAACGAGAUCCUGUACACCAUGAGCUAUAACCCCUCCUACUGCUGGAUCCUCGCUCUGGCACUGGGCCCCUUUUUCACACAAAGAGUCAGGGACCUGCAGCGAGUUCCCAAGACCAUCACUCAACUAUAUUGCUACUAUAUUUACAACAUCCUGAAAAACCACGGCCGUGAGAUUGAGAGACCCCGUGAUGUGUUACUCAGGGUUGGUCAGAUGGCCUUCAGAGGAGUGUCCGGGAAGAAGAUUGUGUUUACAGAUGGAGAUUUGAUCAAGUACAAGCUGCAGCCUUCCCAGUUCCUGUCCGGGUUCCUGAUGGAGCUUUUGGAGAGAGAGGAUUCUGCCUGGAGCGUGGUGUACACAUUCCCACACCUCACCAUCCAAGAGUUUGUAGCUGCAGUUGCACAAUUCCUGAUCCCAGAUGGCAGAGAUAUCAUGAAACUCCUCACUGAAGCCCACUGCAUGAGGGAUGGGCGGUUUGAGGUAUUUCUCCGUUUUGUUGCUGGUCUCUCCAACCCAAUGACAGCUCGGGGCCUGGAGGAGGUUCUGGGUCCAUUUCCUCAACAAACGACCUGCCGGGUGAUUGACUGGGUGAAGGAGGAGGUUAAACGCCAGAGUGGAAACACAUGGAGUGAAGCUGGUAAAAGGAGCCUCCUGAACACAUUGCACUACCUGUUUGAGUCUCAGAAUCGUGGACUGGCUCAGGCCGCACUGGGAUCAGUGGAAACACUUUCACUCAGUGGAAUGACACUGACCCCGAUUGACUGCGCGGUCCUGUCUCAUGUCAUCGGACUCUGUGAUACAAUAAAACACCUCGACCUGCACGACUGCCGCAUUCAGUGUGAAGGAAUCCAGCGGCUGGGACCCGGGCUGCUCAAGUGCCAGGAGUUGAGACUUGGGGAGAACCAACUGGGAGAUUCAGGAGUGAAACUGGUGUCUGCGGCUCUGAUGAACCCGGAGUGUAAAAUACAGAAACUCUGGCUGUUCAAUGUCGGUCUCACAGAUUCUGGGGCCGAGGAUGUCACCUCCGCUCUCAGUACAAACCCAUCACUGACGGAGCUCAGCCUGAGUGGUAAUAAACUGGGAGAUUCAGGAGUGAAACUGGUGUCUGCGGCUCUGAGGAACCUGGAGUGUAAAAUACAGAAACUGGGGCUGUUCAAUGUCGGUCUCACAGAUUCUGGUGCCGAGGAUCUCGUCUCCGCUCUCAGUACAAACCCAUCACUGACGGAGCUGGACCUGGAAUCAAACUGUCUGACAGACCGAUCUGUCCCCGGUCUCCGCCGCCUCAUACCGACGCUCCCGAGUCUGGAGUGGAUCUGGCUGGGGGACAAUCAGUUCAGUGAGAUCAGGGGGAAAGAACUGAGAGCUUUGCAGGAAGUCAGACCCGGACUGAUGGUGGAUCUGUGAACAUCUGAAUGUGUGAACAUCCCCGCCCGCGGGAUGGCGACAUUUGGCCGAAUCCCCACCCUACCCUUUAACUCCCGCCCUUACCUUUAACGGCCGCUCGCCAGGGCUGAUUCCCAACGGUUUUAACUCAACCGGCUCAGGUCUCGCGCUGUGCGUCGCUCGGAACGGUCCCGCCGUGACGUAUUUCCGCCUGUUGUCCGGCGAGGCAGCUUCUCCGGAUGUGCGUGCUCGAGACUCCCACGUGACACCCCAGAGUAUUACCCAGACAGGAAGAGCCCGGGGGCCGGGGCUCAGUCUGGAACAUCGGUGUCCCGCGGUGGGAUGAUCCCGGGAGAGAAUACUUUUGCCCCCUUUGCUGAGGACGGUGCAUUCGGCAGCCUGGCCGAUAUAAUGAUGUUAAAUUGACAAAUCCCUCGGCAGUGACCCUGGAUCUGCAGCGAUCCCGGACACGGCCCGGAAGUGUGAUUUUAUAAUCAUCGGUUCCCCGAUGCAGAGUGACGGUGAGAAACGGGACUGAUUAUUCAACCGGUCACUCCUUGUCGCCGGUCAGUUAAUUGUGUGUGACUGUGAGUGAGUCGGGAGCAGCUUAUUUAUUCCCGCACGUCAGCAGCUCACACAUUGUUUCAUUUACAUUUGUCAUGAUGAAAUCAAUAAACCGCUGUAACUUCCUG